AAUGUUGAGUGGUUUAUUGUACAGUCCUAAUUGGACAUUUGUUGACAAAAUCUUAAGAGACCCUCAAUUAGUAGAUCUUGAAUACUUUGUUGGAGGUGGACCAGGACAUGAUUGGUUAGCAAAGUCAGUUAGAGUAGAGCAAUAAAAGUAAUAAUUUUAAUCAUUUUUAUAGAUACUUGGGUCCAAGAGCUAAAUUCGAGAGAUAAUUCAAUGAAGAGCCAAAAACAUGGGAAGUCAUAACAGACAACUUGUAUCGUUUAACUUUACUUGCUGGAGUUGAGAGAUUACUUACAUUAAGACAAGCAUAUGGUGGUUUAAAGACAAGAUUCACUUUUGGAGAUUCAAAUACGUAUAAUGUUUAUUUAAUAUAUGAAUGUAGAGCAUGUUUACAAUAGAUAUUCAAUUAAGGAUUAUUUAAAGGAUAUUUUAGAGGAGCUUUAUUGAAUGCUGCUCAAUUCUUAACAGUAUGGGCUCAUCCAUUAGUAUAUAGUAGAGGUAAUGGAUACAUCUCUCAUUAUCUUUAUUCUUCUUUAUUUGAAUUAAUCACAUAUCCAAUUGAUACAAUUAAAACAAUCAUUUAUUCUGAUGUUCAAGGCAGAUAUAAAGGAGCAUUUGAUGUCAUUGAAUAAGUAAAUAAUAAUGAUAAAUAGGUUUAUGCAAGAAAUGGAUUCAGUCAUUUUUAUAGAGGAAUUGUAUUUAAGUUGGCUUUCAAUGGAACAUUGAUUUAUCAUCUUAGAAAUAUUUAUGAAGAAGACUAUAUUCAAUAAGUAAGUUUUGUCUAAACGUAAUAGUUAGUAUCAGUUCCAUUACUAGCUAUUGGUUAUGGAUUUUUGACAAUAAAAACAAGGUUGUAAUUGGCAAGUACUGAUUUGAGUUUCUAAGAGACUCCAUAAAAGGGAAGAAUUGCUGCAAAUCUAUUUGCCUAAAAGACUCCAUUCAGUAUAUAUAGAGGAGUAAUUCCAUUCUUGUUAUUGACUGAUUUCUUCCAUUACAAAUUAUAUGCACUUUACUCAUCAACUGCUUAAGCAAGAACAUUGGAUGAAUUCCUUGUUGAAUACAAGCAUCGUAUUGGAAGUCCAAAACAUGAAAAUUUAUGGCAAUGAUU